UCCCCAAAAAGUCAAGUAUUCUUUAACACCUUCCUUCUUCUCUCUGUUUUUUUCUUUUUGGAAGGGCCGCAAGAAGACACAGAAUAGAACACACUUUCGUCGUCUAUUGUUAUAUCUUCCACGCCUAACUAAUCUAAUCUUUUAACCUUCGCCUUUCAUAUAUAUAUAUAUAUAUAUUAGUAUUACUAUCUUCUUCUUUGUGGUCCAUUCGGCUUCCUCUUCCAGCUACUCAAAACAGAGAGAGCUCUGUGAAAAGAAAACACAUUCCAAACAAAUAUGGAAUGGAAUAAUGGGAAAAGUUUUAGUCCUAACUUUGUUUCUCCACUACUACCACAAUCUUCUUCUUCUCCUUCCUCUGCAUUGCUCUACAACUAUAACUGCAACAUCAACUACAAUUUGGAUCAGUUUCCUGAGAUGACGAGGAAGAAAGCGGGGGUGGAAUGGGAGCAAAGUAUGGUUGGAGGAGUGGAUCAGAAGAAGAAGAGAUUGAAUCAAGAUCAGUUAGAGGCAUUAGAAAGAAGCUUUCAAGAGGAAGUGAAGCUUGAUCCUGAUAGAAAAAUGAAGCUAUCAAAGGAACUUGGGCUCCAGCCAAGGCAAAUAGCUGUGUGGUUUCAAAAUAGAAGAGCUCGCUGGAAGACUAAGCAACUUGAGCAUCUCUACGAUACUCUCAAACAACAAUUUGAUACCAUCUCUAUGGAAAAACACAACCUUCAACAAGAGGUGAUGAAACUAAGAAGCAUGCUAAAAGAACAAGCAACGACAAGGAAUCAAGGGUCGAUGGCUUACACGGACGUCUCCGGGGAAGAGACGAUGGUGGAGUGCACGUCGGUGGAGGUUCUGAGCUGUAACAAUUACAUAUACCAUGUGGAGGAUUUCAACCAAAUAUCAGCUUCAGCUCUUCCAUUCUGGUGGGGUGCUGAGGCUGCUGAUCACCUGCCUUCUUAUCCUUAGGUUUCUCAAGAACCCUACUUAAUAGUUUUUGCCUUACAACUUUGUA